AUGGAGAUGGAUAAUAAUUUAGAUUAUCUUUUUGGUUCGAUGGAAAAACAACCCCGCUUUAGUACACUUGAUCAAAGCGAAAAUCAAGAUCUAUCGGAAAACAAGGUAACUCUUGAAUGGAAGAAGUUUGUGGAAGAAUUACAAGAGGUAGUGGGGUACAAAUUCAAGAAUGUUAAUUUGUUGUAUCAAGCUUUUACUCAUUCUUCAUUUCAUCGAGAAGAUGAGUGUGAAUCAUACGAAAGGCUUGAAUACAUAGGUGACUCGGUGCUAAAUCUAUUGAUAGCAAAGGCUCAUUAUUUUCUACACCUUGAUUUGGCUCCGGGACAGUUGACCCGGCUACGGGCAGCUAAUGUUGAUACCGAAAAACUUGCUAGGGUAGCCGUCAAAUAUGACUUUCAUAAGUAUUUACGGCACAAGAAACCUCUACUUAAGGGUCAAGUAGAAGAAUUCAAAGAUGCAAUGCUUGAGUACCCUUUGCAUUCAUCAGGACUUAUUGAUCCCCCAAAGGUGCUGGCUGAUGUUGUGGAAUCCCUCAUUGGUGCCAUUUAUAUUGACUGCAAGUUCUCCAUGGACAUAACUUGGCAGGUGGUAGAAAAUUUGUUGCAACCUAUGAUUACUCUAGAAAAUCUAGAGACUCAUCCAGUUACAAAAUUCUAUGAGGCUUGCCAAAGAAAUGGAUGGAGUGUUAAACUUAUCGAUACAUGGGAAAAAACCGGAGAAAUUGAAGUUUUUGCUGGUAAAUUUGCCGGCAAGGGAAAAUUUAGUGGCAAGAAAUUAAUUGCUCUAAAUAGGGCUGCACAUAAUGCAUAUUGUGAAAUUAUCAAAAACUUGAAAACUACUUGUGAUAAUUAUAAUUGUAAUGAAGCUCAAGACUAA